UUCGUCGUGAUAUCCGCCAUAUCGAUUUUAAUGUAAAAGUGACGACAUACCGAUUCGGCGACUGCCGACUACUGACUAGUGACUACCGACUGGUGACUUUUGAGUUUCGUCUUCAAUUUUAUAGUUUACUUGAGUACUAAAUAAAAACUUUGAUUUAACACAUUUUGUUCAAAACUUAUAAAUUGCUUACAAGUUAUCAACAAGUAAGGAUAGCAAUAGCGUGAAAUGUGUAUGCCUGAUUUGCAGAAACCCUCUGACGACUCGUCAAUGUCUGAUGAUGAUGGUGUGCUUGAAGAGGAACAAAGUGACGAAGACAUUUAUCACUCGAAUUCCGAUAAUGAAUCCUCAUCAGAUUCAAGUUUAGAUGAUGAAGAUGUAAGUGAUGAUGAUAUUGAAGAAUUCGAUGACAAUGAUGAUGAUGAUGAUGAUGACGAUGAUGAAGAAGAAAAUAACGACGGGGGCGGUGAUGGUGAUGAAGAUGAUGACGAAGAAGAAGAAGAAGUAGAAGAGGAAGAAGAAGAUGAAGUGGUAGCAGCUUUCCUUUCAGCUAGUUCAGACAGAAAUAGAAACCAUCCACCUAAUUUAUCUGUUGGUGUCUUAAUUGGUGGAUUUUCUUUUCACCCGAACACAGAUAUUAUUGCUCUUGGUCUCUCAAAUGGUGAUAUUGCUAUGUACAAGUAUUCUAAUGAAAUGAAUGAGCAUUUGAGAACAAAUGAUAAUGUUCAUUUAAAAAAAGUUAUGGUAUUAGAAUUUAAUGAAACUGGUGAUUAUAUAUACUCAGCUUGUAAAGACAACAAUGUCUCAGUGUCUGAUGCUGAAACAGGAAAAAUGAGAGUAUACUUUGAAAAAGCUCAUACAGCUGGGAGUUUUGUGACUGCACUUUCUUUUAUUGAUGAAAAUGUGUUUGCUACUGGUGAUGAAGAUGGUGUAGUUAAUGUUUGGGAUAUAAGAGCAAAAGGGCUUAGAUUUUCAUUAAAGAAAACUGAGGAUAGUAUUAAUUCAAUGAUCACUAUUAAUAAUAGUAAUAAUGAACCUACUUUAGCUUGCACAUCAGGUGAUGGUACAUUGACUAUUAUUGACUUGUCAACAAAGAAAAUGGUUGUCCAGUCAGAGCCCUAUAAGUCUGUAUUAACUAGCUGUGUAACAAUGAAACGAAAAACAAAAGUAGUAUGUGGUACUGGUGAAGGAUCCUUGAUUACAUUUAAUGCAGGAGACUACAGUGCGUUCAAUGAUGAAUUUCCAUGUGUUGAUAAGGGUGCCGCUGUGAACAGAUUAGUUCCAGUUACAGAAAACAUUGUAAUAAGUGCUUUAGAUAAUGGAAAAAUCAGGGCAACAAACUUAUUUCCCAACUGUCAUUUAGGCAUUGUUGGUCAUCAUCAAGAUAUGUCUGUUGAUCUUUUGGAUAUAUCAGACAAUGGCCAUUUAUUAGCUUCAACAUCUUAUUUCAGUAGUGUUGUUAAAUUUUGGAAUAUAGAAUUCUUUGAGGAUUUUGAUUUAAAAAAACACUUUAAGAAGAUUAAUCCAAAAGAAUUUAAUUUGCCAUCAUCAAAUGUUGUUAAUGCCACAGACUUCUUCUCCGGUCUUCAAUAAAUAUUUGUAAAUGGAGCAUUGUAUAUAAAACUUUUUAGAUAAUGUAAAGACUACAAAUUUUAUUAUUAAAUUCAUUAAAAAAAAAUACUGAUGGAACAUUUUGUCAUAUAAGAUUUUACUCGGUAUACAUAUAUAUUUUUUAAUUUUUAAAUAA